AUGAUGCUCGGCGAGCCGUCCGAGGCGGCCGACUACUGGAAACGCGCGGGCGACGAGGCGCUGGCCAACGGCGUCAAGGGCAUCGUCAUGAUGGGGGCGCACUGGGACGCGCCGCACGACCGCAUCGAGGUGGCCACGAAUCCGACGCCGGCCAAGUCGCCCGUCGCCUAUGUGCACCCGUCCAAGUACGUCGACUACCCGCUGCGGCCGGACCUGGCGACGGCGCAGACGUGCAUCCGCCUGCUGCAGGCCAGCGGCUUCGAGGCCAGCGGCAACGACGCCUUCGACUGGAUCCACGACACGUACCUCGUCCUCAUCCGCAUGUUCCCGGACCCGGCGACGUGCCCCCCGACGACGCUCGUCUCGAUGAACGCCCGCUUCGACCCGCACUACCACGUGAAAGUCGGCGCGGCCCUGCGGCCGCUCCGCGCGCAGGGCUUCCUGCUGAUCGGCUCCGGCGGCGCGGUGCACAACCUGUACCGCAACCAGUGGAUGCCCAUGCUGCGGUACAGCGACAACUUUGCGCAGACGCGUCCGCCGGAGCCGUGGGCGCUCGAGUUCCGCCAGGCCGUCGAGGACGUCAUGACGCGCAACAAGGGCCCCGCGCUGCGGCGGGCGGCCACGCGCCUGAUGAAGCACGCGCAGUACCGCGACGCGCACGCGACGGACGACCACUUCAUGGCGGUGCUGUUUGUGGCGGGCGCGGCGGGCGACGAGGCCGACGAGCGCGAAGAGGGCGGGCGGCUGACGGCGGAGACGUGGGAGCUGACCAACAUGUGCAACAGCCAGUUUACGAUUGGGAGCUGGCCGAAGCAGGUGGCUGUGUAG